CCACGGAGGAGAGAACAAUAUGGCUACUCACAUUCCCGGCAUAUAUGAGGAAAAUCUCCGUAAUUCUAUCAAAUCUUGUAAACUUUUGGUCGUCGGUGCUGGAGGAAUUGGCUGUGAACUCCUCAAGAAUUUAGUAUUGACGGGAUUUGAGGAGAUAGAAGUGAUUGACCUAGACACAAUCGACGUCAGCAACUUAAACCGUCAAUUCCUCUUCCACAAGCAACACGUCGGACGCAGCAAGUCAGAGGUGGCUCGUGAGUCUGCCCUCCGUUUCAACCCCAAAGCUAAAAUUACGGCUUAUCACGACACCAUCACCAAGUCCACGUAUGGCGUUCCGUUCUACCAAAAGUUCACCGUCGUCAUGAACGCGCUGGACAACAGAGCCGCUCGGAAUCACGUCAACCGCAUGUGUCUGGCGGCUGGUGUCCCCUUAGUUGAAAGUGGAACGGCCGGGUAUUUGGGACAAGUUACCGUGAUACAGAAAGGUUUAACAGAGUGCUAUGAAUGCCAGCCUAAACCCACUCAGAAGACCUUCCCUGGCUGUACAAUCAGGAACACCCCAUCAGAACCCAUUCACUGCAUUGUCUGGGCUAAGCAUCUGUUUAAUCAGCUGUUUGGGGAAGCAGAUCCGGAUGAGGACGUGUCACCCGAUUCAGCCGACCCCGAACAGGUGGGAGAGGCCGGACAGUCAGCGCUCGACGACGCAGCCAACGACACCGGCAACGUAGAGCGGGUGUCCACUCGGGGUUGGGCCACGUCGCAUGAUUACAACUCUAAGAAGUUGUUUAGUAAGCUGUUCAGUGAUGACAUCCAGUACCUGUUGUCGAUGGAUAAACUCUGGGAGAAACGCAGGCGGCCGACACCACUUGACUGGGAUAAGAUACAGGAUAAAGACGUGAUAGAAGACGGGGAGGGGCUGAUACAGGACCAGAGGCCGUGGACAAUAACAGAGUGUCGAGACAUCUUCAACACCUCAGUUGGUAACCUGUACGAGCGUCUCCAGAAGAUAUUAGACGAUGACACCCUCGUGUGGGAUAAAGACGACAAGGACAGUAUGGAUUUCGUCACCGCCUGCUCCAACAUACGCGCUCACAUAUUCGGCAUCCAGCAGAAGACUCGUUUUGAUGUUAAGUCUAUGGCAGGUAACAUCGUUCCUGCCAUCGCCACAACUAACGCCAUCAUUGCUGGCUUGAUUGUCCUCGAGGCCAUGAAGAUUCUGCAGGGAAAGAUCGAAGAGUGUAAAACUGUUUAUCUCAACCGCAAACCAAACCCCAGGAAGCGUUUAUUGGUUCCCUGCGUUCUCGACAAACCCAACCCCAAGUGCUACGUCUGCUCCGAGAAACCCGAGCUCUGCGUCCGCCUCAACAUCGAGAAGACAACAGUCAGGACCCUCGAAGACAAGAUCCUCAAGUCGGCGUUGAAUAUGGUCGCCCCGGACGUCGAGAUAUCUGACGGCAAGGGAACGAUACUCAUCUCGUCGGAGGAAGGCGAGACCGAAGCCAACAGCGACAAGAUGCUAAAGGAGUUUAAUGUCGUGGACGGAACGAGACUCAACUGCGACGAUUUCUUGCAGAAUUACACCCUGAUGGUUAAUUUGAUCCACAGUGACAAACUAGAAGACGGGGUAGAAUUCGAGGUGAUCGGUAACCCAGACGAGCUCAAGAAGGCUCAGGAAGAACAGGCCAAGAUGGACACAGAUGCUGGUGACUCGAGCAACGGUCCUGCAGGGGCCGGGGCGUCGUCAGCCGUACCCUCGGACGACGAGAACGAUCUGGUUUGUCUGGAUGACGAACAAGACGCAGCCAAGAAGAGAAAGAUCGAGGAGGAUGAAGAACGCAAGCCGGCUAAAAAACUCCGUUCUGCCACCCCCGACGACGAUGAUAUCAUUAUCUUGUAGAGUUGUCUUAGGGUAUCGACCAGAUGCGGUGUGUCAUCGAUAAAACUCAUUCCACAGUGUUUGUUUAAAGCGACGCCUCCUGUACACCGGCGACUUACUUUAGUGGUAAAGUUAAAACGGUCGGGAACGAUGAAUGUGUGUUGUGGUGUGACGGCAAAACACGCAAGAGCUACAUCAUCGUACCCUGUAGUGUUUACCUGUAGUGUUUAAGAGACAAAAUAACGUAGAGAGUCAUAGCAACUUGAGGUUAUCGAUAGAUGUUGUGUCGAAGUUUUCAUUUGACAACUCUGAGGAAAUUUUCAGGAACUAAAGUCAGUUUCGAUGAGUGUCAGAUUCGUGUCGUUCAAAAGAAUUCUUGAAACUUUUUACCGAUUUCUAAAAUUUUUAAUAAAACUGUUUUUUCCAAAUUAUCUUUAAUAUU